UCAUUUGUAUAUACUAUGUUUGUACCUGAAUGUAGCAAAUCAAGGGAUUGCUGAAGCUUCUAUUACAGUAAUGGAAGUUGUCACUGGGCAUUUAGCAGAGCUUCCAUGUCUCAGUAGCGAUGAUUAUCAUAUGUUUAUGUUUUGGAAAUUAAAAGAUGACAGUCAUACCAUUGGUCCUGAAAAUCCUCUCGAUGAGAACAAAUAUAACUAUGAAGUACUUACAGGAAAAUUAUAUAUAAGGGUAUCAAUGGCUGAAUCAGGUUUUUAUAAAUGUAUUUCAAGAGGAAUUAAAGAUAAAUCAGCUAUUAAUAUUAAUGUUGUAAAAUUGAUUGUUAAAAAAGACAUACAAGUACUUGUAGAAAAUUCAUUUGAGACAAAUUUACUAAGAGGAAUGACUAUAAUUAUGGUAAUAGUAGUAGGCAUUGCAAUAAUACUUCUUAUCAUUAUGUUAAAGCAAAAAAGAGCUCAACAAAGUUUUCUUGAUGUAUUGGAAGAAUCACGAGAAAAUUCUCCAGAAAAAUGUAUAGAAAAUCUAUAUUCUAUAUCGGCAAAUCCAAGCACCAUAACAUCUCAAUUCGAUGGUUCUGACAAUGUGGGUUUUGACGUUGAUUUUCCUAAAGUAUUUCAUCAAAUGCAAAAGGAACAAACUAUAUAAUUUUAAUGUUUAAACUCUUUCCACAUUCGUUCGAUGUAAUAACGUGAAAAAGAAGUAUUAGUGAUAUUUUGUAGCCUAAUUAUUUUUUAUGCUUUCCUUUGAAUGUAAUUCAA